CAGACGACUCAGCUGACUUUUCUGUUUACAAACAAAGACUUGUUCUUCGGCGUAAUCGACUGGCCUGGUCUGGCCUUACUAAAUUCUUGUGCUGUGUUGUGCAAUAUUUUUGUGUUGCAUCAUACUGCCCAAUUUUGGCGGGGGAACCCCACAGCUGUUGCACCACCUUUCAACAUUCUUUAUCUGAGCCUGAACUGAUAGGUGACUAACUUUGUAAAUUCGUCCAGAAUGUAGCUGACCAGCAUGCUGGUAGGGUGCAAUAUUGACAUUGAUAGUGAACAUUCUUGUGUGACCUUGUUUUGGAACAAGUCUCUGGUGUAUCAGCAAGCAAAAGUGGCUGGAUAUAUUUCUGUUGAGUGGGCCAUCCCACCAUGGACUUCCUCGGCCUGUUUGAUCCACUAGAGGACUCAGAUGACAUUGCGUCCAACUCAAGCUCAACACUGGACUCCUCCAGCCCGGAGCUGUCCAGCCCCGAGUCGUCCAGCCCGGAGUCAUGUGGCAGCGAGCUGGACCAGAUGCCGGACCAGCUGCCCCCUGAGCCGCAGCUGGGUAACAUCGAGUACAAGCUGAAGCUGGUCAGCCCCUCCAAACACCGCUUCCAGCAUCUGGUCACGCAGAUGAAGUGGCGGCUGCGCGAGGGCCAGGGAGAGGCCAUCUAUGAGAUCGGCGUGGAGGACAACGGCCUGAUGCCGGGCCUGGAGCCGGCCGAGAUGACGGCCUCACUCACCACCCUGCACCGGAUGGCGGCCGAGCUGGGCGCCGCCGUCACCGUGCUGCGCGAGCGCCGCCUGGCAGCCGGCUCUGCCGACGAGCGGCGCGUCUCGGAGGUGCUCGUCAGGAAGGUGCCCGACGACCGCCACAGCAUUGACCUGCGUCUGGCCGUCCUGGGAAACGCUGACGUGGGCAAGUCGACGCUGCUGGGCGUGCUCACCCACGGCCAGCUGGACAACGGGCGCGGCCGGUCGCGGCUCAACAUGCUGCGGCACCUGCACGAGAUCCGCACCGGACGCACCUCCAGCAUCAGCCACGAGAUCCUGGGCUUCGACUCGGAGGGCAACACGGUCGACUACUCAGCGACGCCAACGGCGGAGGAGAUCUGCGAGCAGUCGUCCAAGCUGGUGACCUUCAUCGACCUGGCCGGGCACCAGAAGUACCUGAAGACGACCGUGUUCGGUCUGACGGGCUACUCGCCGCACCACGCCAUGCUGGUGGUGUCGGCUAACAGCGGCAUCGCCGGCACCACGCAGGAGCACCUGGACCUGGCGCUGGCGCUCAAGGUGCCGCUGUUCGUCAUCGUCACCAAGAUCGACCUGACGUCGGCGGCCACGUUGCGGCACACGCUGCAGGCGCUGGAGGCGCUGGUGCGCGCGCCCGGCUGCGGCAAGGAGCCGCUGCGCGUGGUGGACGAGGCGAGCGCGGCGGCCGCCGCCCAGGCCGACGCCGCCACGGUGCCCGUGUUCAGCGUCAGCUCGGUCAGCGGUGCCGGCCUGCCGCUGCUCAAGAAGUACCUGCACGCGCUCAGCCCCAGCCCCGGCGCCAGCGAACGGCGCCGGCUAGAGCAGCAACUAUGCGAGUUCCAGAUUGACGAGACCUAUCGGAUAUCAGAAACAGGCGUAGUUGUAGGCGGGCUUCUAACCAAAGGCAUCAUCACAGAAGGAGCGCGGCUCAGUCUAGGUCCGUUGGAGGACGGCAGCUUCACGACCGUACGCGUCGCCUCGAUCCACCGGAACCGGCGGCCCUGUCGCGUGGUGCGCGCCGGCCAGGCGGCCGCUCUCGCCAUCGACCGCGACGUGGCCGGCCUGCGCCGCGGCAUGGUGCUGCUGGCGCCGCAGAGUCGGCCCACCGCCUGCCUCUACUUCCAGGCGACGGUGUGCGCGCUGUUCGGCUCGCAGGCCAUCCACCGCCGCUUCCAGGCGACGGUGCACAUGGGCAGUGUGCGGCAGACGGCCGUGAUCGAGGGCGUGUGCGCGCCCGGCGGCUUACUGCGGCCCGACCAGGAGGCGUCCGUGCUGUUCCGCUUCUACCGGCAGCCGGAGUACGUCAGCGUCGGCGACCGGCUGCUGUUCCGGCAGGGCCGCACGCGCGGCUACGGCAUCGGCACUGUGACGCAGGUGUUCCCCUGCCGGCCGGAGCUGGAGGAGCGCUAGAGCGGCGCGGCGCGACGCGACGCGACGCGACGCACUCCGGCUGCGGCCACACCCCUUUUACCCGACUUUACACGCCCGCGGCCAAACCAGAGAAAUUAGCGCCGCGUUUUACUUCGCCCUCGCCUGAUCGCUUAGUUCGCUAGUCGUCGGUAUGAUUGACGCCUCGGCCUUCGAGGCGCGAGCCGCAGUCUUUCACGUAGACCCCGCGCGGUGUGCAGGGCUGGUCCCGUUCGUUGCCGGUCCGCAGGCGUCCCCACCGCCGCCGCUGCCCCUCCCCUCCCCCCGGCGUGGGCCGAUCGUCGCGUGCCGUCCGAAUCAGAACACCCCGUACAAGGUAUCGCCACAGGUUCAAGGUAUUCGAUCUCGGCGCGAACACUGCCGGGCGCGCCGGCUCGGGGCGUGGGGUUCGGUCGCCGCUGUGACUGCCAGCGCGGCGGGAUUUUAGGCGGCGGCGUCGCGGCAAGUAUUUUUGGAGUGGAGCCCGGCUGGCCUGUGUGACCGGCGGCUAGGAACGCCGCUUAAUGUGCUGAGGUUUUAACACGGAUAUUUAUGCUAGCUUGACUUGACCCGUAUGUAACACGGCACAAGAAAUAAAGACGAUACCUCUG